GCAGAGACGCAGCAGAGACGCACACAGAGCUGCUGAGGAGCUGAAAACACAGAGACAUGACGAGAGAGAGAAACCCUGAGAGACUUCUGCUGCUCGUCAGCCUCUUCCUUACAGGUGUCCGGUGUGAAAAGGAGUCUCUGUUUGUGUACGGCACGGCCGGAGAUCAAGCUCUGUUGCCGUGCACCAACCUGAUCAUCUCGGACUGCUCCAGAAUCUCCUGGACCUUCUUCUUCAAAGGUGACGGCGUGCGGUACACCACGGAGGUCGACCAGGGGAAGGUGCGGGCGGACUCGGACAAGGUCGACCGCAUGUCCCUCUCGCCCAACUGCUCGCUCGUCCUGCGGGACCUGAAGACCAAGGAUGCCGGCUCCUACGUCUGCCUGCAGGACGGGAACAGCAUCACUGACAUCUACUUCUCCGUCCUCACCAUCACGUCGGUCUCCACCGUCACGGACCUGCAGCGUGGAGGAAACCUCAGCUUGAGCUGCGUGCUGUUCACUUUCUUUGACGCGGGGAGCUGCAAGUCGUACUCCAACGUGUUCGACCUCAGCUGGACGACCGUGGACGACACUGAGCUGCUCCGAGACUCCAGGUACACGCUGAUGAGCCACAAUCGCUGCAACACCACUCUGGCGGUCACAAACCUUCAGAGAGAAGACAACAACAGGAAGUUGAGGUGUCAGAUUAACACCACACGAAACCACCAAGCCUUGUUUCUGGACUUCACGUCCACAUUCUUGUUUGGAGAUUCUUCUCCUUCUCCUUCUCCUUCUCCUUCUGUGAUUCCUGUAGCCGUCAGCGAUUGUUCAGUGCCGCUGCCCGUCAGCCGCAUAGUGCUCUGUGUGGCUCUGCCCGUCAUGGUGAUCAUGGUGGGAUUCUUCACAUGGAGGGCGGACAAAAAGAGGGCCGAGGCAUCGACAGCUGGCAUCGAGCUUCAGGAGUUCAGAUGACUGCUGAGCGCUGUACUGUAUGUUCGGUUUUUCAAUGAGUCACAUCCAAAAUCCUCAUGGACUGAAAGAUUUUCUUUGCAAAGGGGGCAAUGUGUAAAAUCAAAACCAAGCAUUGCUAUUUUAUUUUUUAUUCUCCUAUUUGCAUACAAACCUCAAGUACUUAGAGGCAGACGGAACAUGAUGUCUUGUUGUUGUAGAGAAGUUCCUAAAUUGUGAUGAUCAUCGUUUUCAUCUUCCUUUUAAUGUUAUUUUAAUGUUUUAUUUUUGGGCUUUUUUAUUUAUAGAUAGGACAGGGGAUACAGUCAGAAAUCAGGAAGAGAGAGAGAGAGUGGGGAGCGGAGCCACAGGUCGGAUUCAAACCUGUGACGCCCGCCUUG